GCGCUUAGAGGCGGAGCUUCGCUGACACGAAAACAAGCACAUGCGAAUAGCCGGCCAUGUCAAAAGCAGGUGAAUAAGUAGAAAGUCGCCAUCGAGAAUGUGUUUAACAAUACGUGUUGAUUAUCUGUGCAUUUAAAAAGAAGCCGUUUAUUUGAUUUGACCUAAUGGUGACUCGACAGGAAAAGGGGUGAUCGGGUUAUGGAGCAAUGAUGGAGAAGCCCAAGAAGACGCAGGAAGAGGAGCAGUCACCCCCACAGAUAGCAGCACCUGAUGGGGGUUGGGGCUGGGUGGUGGUGGGGUCUCUUUUCUUCUCUUCUGCUCUGGUGUUCGGGCUCAUCCGCAGUCUGGGCGUUUUUUUUGUGGAGUUUGUGCAGUACUUUGGUGAGAGUGCCCAGGCGGUAUCCUGGAUAACAUCCAUUGGCUUGGCCAUGCAACAGCUGCUGAGUCCGAUAGCUGCAGCCGCAUCUAAUGUGUUUGGGACUCGUCCGGUUGUUAUGCUGGGAGGAUUCCUCUCAGGUCUGGGAUUCAUUCUGGCUUCCCAGGCAACGUCUCUUUUACAUCUUUACCUGACCAUGGGAUUAAUUUCAGGUAUAGGCUGGGCGCUGAUCUUCACCCCUACUGUUGCAUCAGUGAUGCAGUACUUUGCCGUGCGGAGAUCUCUAGCCAUGGGCCUGGGCUUCACAGGCAUCGGCCUUUCUUCUUUCGCCUUCUCCCCGCUUUUUCAGUAUUUAGUAGAAGCCUAUGCUUGGCGUGGGGCCUUGCUUGUCCUCGGAGGCCUCAGCUUCAACAUGAUUGCUUGUGGAGCAGUCAUUCGGCCUCUAGGGAAACCAAACGUUGUGUUAAAGACUGAAAACUCAAGCAAGCUCAACAAAUGUUCUUCUUUAUUGUCCCGUAUCUACGAGGGCUUUGAGCUCUCCCUGCUUUCACACCGAGGCUUCCUCACUUAUUCCAUUGCACUCACCUUCUUCAAUGCCGGCUACUUCAUCCCUUACGUUCAUCUGGUUGCCCACAGCCAUCACAUUGGUUUUACUGAGUACCAGGCAGCCGCAGUAAUCUCUGUAACCGGUGUGGUAGACAUCCUGGGUCGCGUAGCCUCUGGCUGGUUCUCGGACCUGGGCAAAAUGCGGAUGCCACACAUGCUGGUGGUGUGGACUGGACUACUGGGGCUCUCUCUGAUGCUCAUUCCUGCUGCUGUGGUUUAUUCAGGACUUAUUGUUGUUAGUUUGAUGUAUGGGUUCUGCGCAGGAGCGAUGACGCCGCUGGCCUUUGCAGUGGUGCCGGAGAUCGUAGGCAUGGAGCGAAUGCUGGGAGCCCUGGGCCUGCUGCAGCUUAUAGAAAGUGUUGGAGGGCUGCUGGGAGCUCCACUGUCUGGCUGGCUGAAGGACCAUACUGGGACAUACACAGUAUCUUUUAUUGCUGCUGGAAGUUUUCUUGUGUUGGGUACGUUAGUUACAAUGACUCUUCCCUAUUUCUGGUCUUGCAUGGGCCCUCCACCCCCAUCACCUCCAAAGAGGAAGUCUCAGGAUGGCUCCAUUGAAGGUGGACUACUCACACAAACUCUGUCCUCAAAUUCUGCACCUGACACACUGUGCCCCUUAAAUGAUAUACCCUACUCGGAUAAGGAGUAAAAGGUCUGUUGUAAAGCUGCGUUCACACUAGCAGUGACUUUUGUCACUGCAUGUCGCCAGGGGCUGGCAAUGAGGUUGUUAGUGGACGUUCUCACUACGGGUUGCCUUGACAGCGAAUCAGCUGAACGGGGCUUAUGAGCGAUACUACACAUCUAGUGCAAGAACAAGAAGAAAUACCUCAGGAAAUGAUGCAUCAUACUAUUUAGGAGAAAUAUUAUGAUUUUUUUUUUAGAAGGAUAUUUUACAUCGUCAGACAUAGGAUAUAGGCAACUAUUGGCAUUGGAAUCACAAAUCAUAUUGCACUGAGUGGUUUUAUACAACAUUUUGCAGUAAAAGUGAUGUGACUUGGCCACGUAUGAAGACUAAUACAUGGAAUUUGUGCUCUGCAUAAAACAUUUAGUGGGUAAUUUCACCCAUGCCAAAAAAUUGCUUUCAAGGUUGCCAUUAGUGCUUUUCGAGUUAUAACAACACAGUCAAUCCAAUGGAAGUUCUCAGGUUUUAAAAGAGUUUAAAAAGCAAUAGUCAGUUUACAGCUUUUCCAAUUAGCCUAUCUUGUAUAAAGUUCAAAACAAAUUUUAAUAUUAAAAGGAUAGGUCACACAAAAAUGAUGCCCCAUGAUUUACUCACCCUCAAGCCAUCCUAGGUGUACUUUCCUUUUUCAGAUGAAUACGAACGGAGUUAUAUUAAAAAAUGUCCUGGCUCUUCCAAGCUUUAUAAUGGCAGUGAAUGGGUGUUAAGAUUUUGAAAUCCAAUAAAUACAUCCGUCCAUCACAAAAGUACUCUACAUUGGUCCAGGGGGUUAAUAACAAAUCAAUGUGUUUGUGUAAGAAAAAUAUCCAUAUUUAAAACUUUAUAAACCGUAAUUUCUAGCUUUCACUAACUGGCGUUCCAGCGGACGACGUAGGACGUAGGCGAACACGUUGACAAACUCGGAAGCACAGAGUAGAGAGCGAAAGAAAACAUGUCACGAAUUAUAAGUACAAAAUGAGGAUUUGUACAGAAAAAUGUUGAAGGAUUUCAGUAUAAGCCAAGAGGAGACUGGUUUUCCUUUGCUGUAAACAAAACUUAGUUGUUGCAAGACUAGCAUAUUCUCACCGGAGCUUAUGCUACACCUACGUCAUCCACUGGAUCACCACUCUCUCGUGUACGUGCGUACGACUGUUAGUGGAAAUUAGAGAUUACGGUUUAUAAAGUUUUAAAUAUGGAUAUUUUUUCUUACACGAACGCAUCAAUUUGCUUCAGAAGGCCUUUAUUAACCCCCCUGGAGCUGUGCAGAGUACUUUUUUUAUGAUGGAUAAAUGCAUUGGACUUUAAAAUCUCAACAGCCAUUCACUGCCAUUGUAAAGCUUAGAAGAACCAGGGCAUUGUUUAAUAUAACUGAUUGUAUUUGUUUAAAAGACAUAAGUCAUAUACAUAUAGGGCUUGAGGGUGAGUAAAUCAAAGCAUAAUUUUCAUUUUUGUGUGAACUAUCCCUUUAAAUCUGGGAUAGUUUAAUCAAUUUAAUCAUUCCUUAUAUAUAUACACACAAGUAGACAAAUUUUUUUAUUUGCACCAUGAAAUUAGUGCCCUUUGAAAGUUGUACAAUGGGACAAUAACGGCAUAAAUCCUUAUCAUGAUGUAAAUGCAAAGUAACUUUGCAGUUAUCAAAACCAUCUUUUCUUUUUGAUUACAUAAUAAUGGCAACAUAUACAGUUGCCAUAGUAAGACACCACAGCAGCAGCUGUACAGCGUUAUUUUAGUAUCAUUUAUAUACUAUUAAUAUUUAGAAUUUUUUAUAUUUUCAGUUUUCAUUUUAUUUUCAUAGCUUUACUGAUUGGAAGUAUCCAUCGUUGGUCAUUUUUUUAAAUUCUGGAUACAGUUAAUUUUCAAUCUUUAUAGUUACACAGAUCAUUUUAGAGAUACUUUAUAAAUAGCUCUAGUAUUUUUCUGUUCUGAAAUCAAUAUUUACUGGUUUCAAAAAAUUACAUUUAAUGAAAUUGUUUUUAUUUUAUAUUUACAUUUUAAAUAUUCUGUCAGUUUUCCCUUCUCAAUUCAAAAUCACCACCAAUUAAGAAUUUGUGCUAAUAUUGUCCAAAUACUUUACUUUGACUAAAUUUAAUGAGGGCGCUGUAUAUCAAAUACCAUGGUAUUUUUAUCUGACACCAUCACUGUACCAUGGUACUGCCAUAUUACUGUUUGUUAAGAGUAUGUUGGCAAAACACUAUUUAUUUUUUUAAUGAUUUUUUUUUUUUUUUAUUAUUACAAUGUUUGUAUUGUAAUAAUGUAUUAUUAUUUGUAUUAUUGUGACAUACUUGACCUUUGGCAUUCCCUGACAGGACAUUAAUUAUGAUGCACAAAUACAGCUUCAGGGUUUGGUGGAAUGAUUGAUGCUUGAGGAGCAUUUUGUAUUCAUGCUAGGGUUGCUAGCAAGAACUUUCUGGAUUCCAAACAGCUUUAAACUGUUUAGUCAUCACAUAUCGGACAUGUUGUCACAUCAAGCAAAAGCUAAGGUAAAGAGAAAGCAUUUUAUUUUGCCAGUAAGUUUUUUGCUAGAGGCUAGAUGCAUGGUAACACUACAAUGCGUAUCCUGUUCUGCUUCUCAUUUAGAGCAUUAUUCCUUCACUUUUUUUGUACUUACUGUACAUUAGCUUGAUUACAGCUGGACUGUUUUUGAGUUGCAUAUGAAGGAAUAUGAUCAUCACAAGAUGUCUAUGUGUUUUCACUGUGAUGUUCAAGUUCCAGUUUUCAGAGUGAAUAUUGACUUACUUUUUCCACAGAGGUCGCUGACGUAAACAAAUUCACUUAUUAAUCAUUGACCAAUCAUUGACCAAUGUCACAUACUGAAAUCUUUGUGUUACACAUUACAUUCUUCAGCGCCUUUUGUUUUCAAAUGUUGAUUCUACUUAAUGCAAGAGCUUUACUGUACACAAACAGUAGUGUAGAUUCAUUUAAACCUUAUACAUUUUCUACUUUCCAUGGAGAAACCUUGAAUACUACUCAGUAAUGCAGUUUUAAAGAUACACUUAUAAAACCAAACACGUGAGCCUUAAUCUUCAUAGACCGAGAGUCAAUGAGCUCAGCUACAGCAAGACUCUGCUUUUUCAUGUGAGAGGUCCUUAUUGCCUUGAGACUGACAGUACUGCCUUUACACACAGUGGUCUUUAAAUGCACUGUAUUAAUGCAGUUAAACACGCUCUUUACCCUACUGACCUCAGUAUGCUUGCAUAGUGUGAGAAGUGAGACUUGGAUAAAUUUGGAUCAAUUUAGUAGUAUUCUAAACUAUACUGCAGUGUAUGUCUAUUAGCUUUGGAGUGCCAAAGCAGGCAAUGACAUUUAAUAUUUAAUCAUCUGGUACUUUGAACUUAAUAGCUUUAGAACUACACUGCGCAAGAUGACUUUUGAUCUAAUUAAAAGGUUGAAUGAAAUCACCAUCUGAGCCAGUCAGGUAGUUUUAACCUUUCACCAGGUUACCUGCUAAUAUCAUGAGCGUUAUGUUUUAAUUUUCCAAAAAGCACACAGCAAGAUGGGUUUUACUGGAACAGUACAGUUCAAAACUGUGUUUAGGUAGACAGAUUUGUGUUUUAUUGUGGUUAAAUAAAAGACUAUUUCUGUUUUUAA